GGGGGCAUCAGGACAGUGCUUUGGGCAGCCAGGAACCGGCUGCAUGACAGAGCUGCUGCUCUCGUAGGCUCCGGUGCUUCUUUGGAAAAGCCCAAGACAGGAAGAGGUUGAGCAAGAGGGGAUAACAUCACCCCCUGCGUUCAGAGACCUCGUGCCCAACGUGGCAACCGUGCCGGGAGCAAAAAAUAGGCCCUGCUUUUGGGUGUCCCGGGCUGGGGGCGCAGCUGGCAGAGAUGCUCCCACCCGUCCUGCGCAGCCGCUGGGAAACGGCUCCUCGCAUCCCCGCCCUCCCCCACGUCAGUCCGCGCUGCCUCCGUGCCCCGCAGCCCCGCCGGGAGCGCAUCGCGAUGGGCCGUGGCUCAGCCCCCGCUCCCCCGUCCCACCGCAGCCCAUCACGUACUCCUGGGCACCCUCUUGAUGCAUCGUCCGCCGUAAAACACCGCUCCUUUCUCAAAGCAGCCGAUACUUUGGUGAACCCGUUGGGUAAUUCCGGGCAGCCGCGUCCCGUUGCGCCGUGUCUGGGGGUCGUUUUCCCAGGAAGGGCUGCUGCCGGGGGGAACGCGCGCAGCCCCCGCACACACGCACAAGCACGCGCACGGCCUGCUGCACGCGUGCAUGCGCAUGAGCACGCGCAGCGCGCACGGGCACCCUCAGCAGCGCGCACACGGAAGGGAAGCGCCGCACGCGCACAGACUCCCGCUCCCCGGCGGCGCAUACGCACGCGCUCCAGCACAGGCACGCGCUCUGCCCCGCGCGCGCGCUUCCCCUGCCCCUCGCGCCCGCGCGCCGUGCUCGCGCCUUUGGCCCCGCCCACCCCCGGCCGCGCGUGCGCGCCGCAGCCCGCCCCGUGGCGGCGGAGCGGCCGUGACGAUGGUGGCGAGCGCGCGGGUGCGGAAGCUGGCCCGGCGGUACCGGCUGGCCGUGGCCACGGCCCUCGCCAUCCUCCUGCUGCAGGGGCUCGUCCUCUGGAGCUCCGCCGGCCUCGACGAGGAGGGCCCGGCCGAGGGAAGGUCAGCCCUGUGAUCCAAUGGGACGAGAGCCGGCUGCAGCAGGUGCCCCCCAGCAAUCCUGUGCGCAUCGCCUACAUGCUGGUGGUGCACGGCAGGGCCAUUCGCCAGCUGAAGCGGCUCAUCAAGGCUGUGUAUCACCAGCAGCACUUCUUCUACAUCCAUGUCGACAAGCGCUCCAACUACCUCCAUCGUGAGGCAGUGGAGCUGGCCCAGCACUACCCCAACAUCCGCGUGACACCCUGGCGCAUGGUGACCAUCUGGGGAGGUGCCAGCCUGCUGAAGAUGUACCUGCGUAGCAUGAAGGACCUGCUGGAGCUGACCGAGUGGCCCUGGGACUUCUUCAUCAACUUGAGUGCCACCGAUUACCCCACGAGGACCAACGAGGAGCUGGUGAUGUUCCUGUCCAAAUACCGAGAUAAGAACUUCCUGAAGUCUCACGGCCGAGACAAUGCCAGGUUUAUCAAGAAGCAGGGUCUGGACCGGCUGUUCCACGAGUGCGACUCCCACAUGUGGAGGUUGGGUGAGCGCCACAUCCCCGAGGGCAUCGUGGUGGACGGCGGCUCCGACUGGUUCUCGCUGACCCGCAGCUUCGUGCAGUACGUGGUGUAUGCGGACGACCAGCUGGUGUCCCAGCUGCGGCAGUUCUACACCUACACGCUGCUGCCAGCCGAGUCCUUCUUCCACACGGUCCUGGAGAACAGCCACGCCUGCGAGACGCUGGUCGAUAACAACCUCCGAGUGACCAACUGGAACCGGAAGCUGGGCUGUAAGUGCCAAUAUAAACACAUAGUCGACUGGUGCGGGUGCUCCCCAAAUGACUUCAAACCCCAGGACUUCCUCCGGCUACAGCAACUCUCCAGACCCACCUUCUUUGCCCGCAAGUUUGAGUCAACGGUGAAUCAGGAGGUGCUGGAGAUCCUGGACACCCACCUGUACGGCAGCUACCCCCCCAACACGCCCGCCCUGAAGGCGUACUGGGAGAACGUCUACGACCGCGUCGAUGGGCUCAGCGGCCUCAGUGAUGUCACCCUCACCUUCUACACGGGCUUCUCCAGGCUGGGGCUCCGCAAAGCCGCGUCUGUGGGGGCACCAAAGGAGGAGAAGCUCUGCAGAUUUGAGCCCCGAGGUUUCCCAUCCAGUGUUCACUUGUAUUUCUAUGACGACCGUUUCCAGGGCUACCUGGUGAUGCAGGAAGUGCAGAACUCAGCAACUGGCCGGGCAGAGUCCCUGGAGGUGUGGAUGAUGCCCCAAGGAGCUCUGAAGCUGGCAGGUCAUGGAGGACAGGCAAACCGGUUACAGAACCUUGAGGUGGGCACAGAGUGGGACCCCAAGGAAAGGCUCUUCCGCAAUUUUGGAGGCUUGAUGGGGCCUUUUGAUGAGCCAGUGGCCAUGCAGAAGUGGUCGCGAGGCCCCAACCUGACAGCCACAGUGGUGUGGAUCGACCCCGCGUACGUUAUUGCUGCCUCCUAUGACAUCACGGUGGAUGCUGAGACAGAAUUCACCCAGUACAAACCGCCCCUGAACCGGCCUCUGCGCCCCGGCACCUGGACCAUCCGCCUGCUCCAGUUCUGGGAGCCCCUGGGGGAGAACCAAUUCUUGGUGGUGCCGCAGACCUUCAACCGCAGGCAGCCUCUCAGGAAAGAUGACAGCAGCUGGCUGCACGGAGGCCCCCCCCGCAAUGAGUACAUGGAGCAGAGCUUCCAGGGCCUGGGGGGGAUCCUGAACCUGCCGCACCCCGAGGAGGCAGAGGUGGCGGCGGCACGGAAAGCACAGCUGACGGGGCGGGCGCUGGACGAGUGGGCAGACAGUGCCAUCAGCACCUUCUGGUCCGUGGCGGACGUCUGUAUCGGCAGCGAAUCCUCCUGCUCCUCCCUGGAGAUCUGCAGCAAAACCUCCUGGAGCUCACUGUCCCCAGACCCCAAAUCAGAACUGGGGCCCGUCAAACCCGAUGGGCGGCUGAGGUAGCAGGAGCAGCCGGGGGGCGGCGUCGGGAGCGAGGGGCAUCCUGCAUCACUGCCCCAGGAGGGGCUCCAGAGCGCAUCACCCCGUGCGAUUCACACCGUAGUUACUUGAGGAAGAGAACAGAGGAAGUGCCGGGCUGAGGGGAUCCUCCUGUGGGUUUCUUUUGGAGGAGGGGGAGGUCUUGCCCAUCUCCCCCAGGAACGGGCACUUGCUGGCCAGGGGGAGCGUGCUGGGGUGCCCAUCACCGUGGGGCCGGGAGCUGCGUGGUUCUCAAUCCAGGCCUUGGUGUCCUGGGAAGGGCUGAUGGAGAAGGAGGGAAGAAGGCUCAGCACCCUGCCCUGCCCAGGCUGGAUCUCUGCAGGAUCAGGCCCUGUGCUGUGGGCUGCUCCCCUGGGAGGCUGGCAGGGGAUUCCAGGAUAGGGCGAUAGGGACGGACGGGCAGGAGCAGGAUAGGUCAAAGCCUGCCACGUGCAUGGAGCUGCUGCUGGCCCAGGGCUUGCAUCUCACCCCCUCGACUCCAGCCCUUUAGUUUGUAUUUUUAUAAAUAUAUAUAGAAAUAUAUAUGAUGCAAAGUGCAAUAGGGACGAGACCCCGUGUUGGCCGGGAUGUCCUCGUGUCUCCAUGUCCCCUGAGACUGUAACAUACCUUGUUCUCUUGGCUGUCGUGGUGCUGCAGGACAGGGUGCUGGGUUGUUUACAUUUUUAUUAUUAUUAUUGUUUUGCUGUUUACCAUUUCCUGCUGGGGGCUGAGGACGGACCGCAUCGUGCUGCCCUCAGGGCAGCUGCCCGACUGUGCCAAACGUUUGGAGCUGCCCGCGUUUGCUGUGCGGUGGCUCAGAGGGCGGAUUGAGCCCGAGAAGCCGCUGUGGGAUGUUGUGGUCUCCGUCUGUGCUCCACCCACAGCUGCGGGGCGGGCGGGAUGCGCCUCCUGCCAAAAUGCAGUGCGAUGGCAGCUGCCCCGUGCCACAGCCCGUCGGCCCUGCCCGCUCUUUUCUCCUGGGUCAGCAGAAGCUCUCAGGAUCUGCUGUGCUUCCCUGGCUACAAAGCAAAGGAACGAGCGAGAUCCGGCCGGCUCCAUCCGCACUGUGCUGCUUCUGCUUCCCCCGCCCGAGGGAGCGGCGGCGCGCCCCGUUCCCACCCACCUCCCGGCGUGGGCACCGUCUGUACCGUUCCUCUCCGAGACCGACCCUCGCGGGACGGCUGGGUCCAGUUUGCCACCCUGAGGAGCUGCUCCGCGUGUGGAACUGCGGCUGGAGUUCGUGAGCAGCCCGAGGACGGACACUGCCUGUGCUGGGGGGGGUGGGGGGGAGCUGCUGCGGAUAGGGUCGCCCGCUCAGCACCUCCUGAGCCCCGUGUCGCCUUCCCCCCCCCCGCACCCCGGGCUCUGCGGCUGCUCGCCCUCUUCCCCCACUCUGCAGCUGCCGGAGCUGCGGGUACGCGCCGGGCCGGCACCGUUCGGAGCGCCAAAAUCUGUGUCGGGAGCGUUAUGUAAAGUUACCUUAAAUAUGCAACAUCUCCACAAAUAUAUCUAUAUCUCUA